UAAGUAUGUGUCCUGCUCUGUGGUUCUACCCGCCCUGUGCCAUCUCCAGCAUGAGAUGAAGAUAUCAGAUGAUGAUCCGGCAUACAUUGUACGCUUCAAGACUGCCUUCACCAGGGAUCUCGGUGAGCGGAGGGAGAAAUUAAACCUGGAAUGGCUGAAGGUGGCGACUGCUCUAGACCCACGGUUUAAGGACCUCAAGUGCUUGGCCAGAGCAGACAGGGAGGCAGUGUGGGCAAAGCUACGCGAGUUGGUGAAGGGAGAAGAACCUGCAGUGCAGCCACACGUGGAGGAGAACCCUGCGCCACCCAAAAAGAAACCAGCCCUGCUAGUGAUGGGAUCAGACUCCGAUUCAGAGGAAGAAACACCAGAAGACAACACUGUGGAGAGGUACAAGGUAGAGCCCAGUGCCAGUCUUGAUCAGUGUCCUCUGAGGUGGUGGUCGGAGCACACCGCUGUCUAUGGUAAGAUGGCCCAAAUUGCCCGUAAAUACUUGGGGACUCCUGCCUCAACAGUCCCAUGCGAGAGACUUUUUUCUUUAGCAGGCCAUAUUGUGCAGAAGAGGAGAUCUAGUUUGUCUCCAGACAAUGUGAACAAGUUGGUGUGCCUAAGUGACUGGUGGAAAAAGGAAAAGUAGCACUUUGACUGAUUAUCACAAAGCUACUAAUGAAAACAGUUAAUUAUGCCAUCUUACUGAAUGUAGGCAUACAGUUCAAAUGUAAUGUUCAAGUGAGAAAAAACUGGUGAAAAGGCCUUGUUGUAAAUGUAGGCUUUCAUUUCAAAUCUUAUGUUUAGUGAAUAAACAGGUUAUCAACCCUUCUUUACAUACAGUAUGUAGGCUUGGCCAACACGUAAAAAAUCAUGCCUAUCUGAAUAUGCAGGGUAGCGUGCCCUCUAAUUGUAUGUAGGCUUACU